ACAGAUCAUUGAUGUUAACUGAGCAGUUGCUGCAGUGAUGUCCCGUCCUCCUCCAGACCCACUGUACAUCCUGAGGGGUUCAGGGGCCACAGUGAACAGCCUGCACUUCUGCUGUGGUGGGGACGGGCCACCAUUUCUCUACUCUGGGUCAGGUAAAGGUGCAAUCCAUUUGUGGAACCUGACCACCAGGAGAGCCGAGCGCAUUCUAGAGAGCCAUGCUGGGAACUCCGUUAUCUGGCUCCACACUUUCAAAGACAGCAGAAGCAGAUUUGUCAGUCAGGGCCGGGACUUGCGGGUGUGUGUGUGGGAUCUGUCUGAAGACCGCAGCACAGUGACGGACUCUCUCCUCACGGGCAGUGUGGGGUUCUGUCAGUGCUCUCUGCUGGAGACCCGACCCGGAGCCGCUCUUCUGGCCCACCCCACAGAAAACAUGGAGGAGGUGAGUGUGGUGGAGGUGAGGAGCUGGACUCCAGUUUGCUCUCUUAAACCAGAUUCAAAGCUGGGGAUGCUCAUGUGUAUGAAGAUGUGGCAGGCGGAUUCUGGUCCGGUUCUGUGUGCCGGUUAUGAGGAUGGCUCUCUGGUGUUAUGGGAUGUUUCCCAUCGCCGUCCAUACAGCUGUCUGAAGGCACAUCCUGAGCCAGUCAUGUGUCUAGACGUUGAUGUAUGCAAGCAGAAAGGCAUCUCGGGGUCUUCAGAGAAGAUCCUCCAAUCCUGGACACUUGACAACCAGCAAAACCUUCAGAUGCACGACUCUGUUCAGAUGACCAAUCCUGGGGUCUCCCAGCUACGUAUUCGUUUCGUCGGAGAGGUAAUGGUGCGGGAGGGUGGGGAUGGGACAUCAGAAUUGUUUUGUUUGGAUAAACUGAAGCCAUUGGCUGUUCUGCAACAUCAUACUGACAUGGUGAAUACUGUGGCCUUCUCAGACCAUCAGGACCCCCCACAGAGACUUCUGGCCGCAGGGUCCAAGGACCAGCGGAUCAGUGUGUGGUCUAUAUAUAGCGAAAGUUGAGUUUGAAAGACAGAGGCCCACUUUACCAUUUCCUUCAAACUGAUUGUUGCAAAUUACUCUGACUUUAUUUACAUACUUGAACAUGGUGCUAAUAUAUUUUCUUUGAAUGAAAGCACCUAAAUUAGUGGCUGACUGCCAUUCAGAGGCGGAGCUACAACAUAGUCUCAUUUAGAAAGACGUGCAGCAGUGUUGCCAUUACUUGUUUGUCUAAAUGAAUGCGUUCUUAUUGGUCAAAUGCUUCAAAAUCGGACAAAAAAAGCAGCUAAUAUAAACACUCCAAGUGUUUUGUUGUAGUUUACCACGAUUGCCAAUAGUUUAGACACGUUUUAUUGUCAAAGGCAGAGCUUAAACCGUCCUCUCUGAUCUGUUUGCUUUACUCCAGGCUGAUGUGCUUCAGUAGGUGUGUAUUUGCUCUUGUAGUCGCACCUGAGUGGCAAAGUAAUCCAGCGCUGUUUUUCAAAAUUUGCCUCCAAGUUUAAGAUUGCCCUCUGGACUGACCUGCAUACAUCACACAGGGUUAAUCACAAGGGCUCGGGCUCCACAGACAGGCCUGUUUGUUAGAAAGAUUCAUUGAGCAAGUUUCGUUUCGUUCUUCCCUUUAAGCACAGGAGCUGAUGAAGGCGCCUUUAUUUUCAGCCUAAAGACAAGGUUGACCUCUGUGUUUGGAUGUGGCUAAAAGACAAACUAGUUAUUUUUGCAUUUAUUGCUUUUUCUCUGUGAAUACAGCGUGGCUCACUCACCA